GUAACGUCUGCUCAUAACACUAUGGACAGCAAUGGCGACUGCAAGAGAAGUCUCCCAAAACUGAGAGAGAUUUUCACAAGGCAGAGACAAGAUUCAGAUGCUAUGUCUGGGGAAUCCACGUCCCCCUGGCUAGGGGGUGAGGCCAGUAUGGCUGACUGCCCUGAUAUAGAAUUUAAUUAUGAUGAUGCUGACUUGCAAGAAAAUGAAAUGGCUGAAUUAUAUUCAUAUACUGAAGGGCCAGAGUUCCAACUGAAUCUUAAGGCCUGGGAAGAAGUGUGUGCAGAGCUUGGUGUUGUUCCUCUGUGGCAGUCGGCAACGGAUGCAAGCAGGCGUUCCCUUAUAGUUCGUCUCUCAGAUCACUUGGAGCUAUGUCACCGUACCCCUCGCAUGAGAGCAGCUCGAGCUAUACUAUAUAUUGCUCAGGGGUGUUGGGGUGAGGUGCAGAGUGAUAGAGAACAGGCUAUGUGGGCACGGCGUAAUGUCUUUCUCCUAGUUCAGUGUGGAGUUUGGGCAUCUUUCUUACAACUUCUGCAUCUUGAGAUUGAAAAUGUUGGUACAGAAAGUCAGCGAAAGCAAGCUGUUUCUGCUAGUUUGGCUGACUCUGCAGACUUGCGAGUUAUCUUAUCUGUUUUGUAUACUAUUGUAGAAACUUUGAGAGUACUUGGAGAUGAUGAUAAUGAAGUGCAAACACAGAUCAGACUUGCUUUUUGUGAGGAGUUAGCUCAACCCCAAGCAGAAGCAGAGGAAUUGGUGGCAAUGACUCUACUGGGAAUGGUUACCAGAUUCUGCAACUCCUCAGCACCUCAUUUUCCCAUUAGAAAAGUGCUGCUGCUGUUGUGGAAAGUGCUACUUUGCUCACUUGGUGGGACGCAAGUGCUGGCACAGCUUAAAAAUACUUAUCGUGAGAAUCAUGGUCUACCUCCUUGUGGUGAAGACACACUAACCAUUGCACGUACUAUGAGAGCCUCUUCACCCCCAGCAUCAGCGGCUGACCUCAUAGAGCAACAGAAUAACCAAAAAAGGAGACCAUUCAGAAGGCAGGGACUGAUGAAGCAGAGCAGCUUAGAUGACAGUGUUGGUGAGUUGGAUCUUACUGCUGCAGCUGAUGAAGAUGAACAACCUCCCACUGAUAUGGACGAACCACCAGACUUGCCUCAGCCACCCUCCCCAAGACCUGGAACACCCAUUAAUAACAACAGCACUAAUAAAGGAUUACCAUGGACUCCAAAAGUACGACAAAAGGACAUAGACUCAUUUUUAGAUUCGACACGUGUGAAGUUUGUUGGUUUUCAGCUACAGGGGGACAGGACCUCCCUAGCUGGUCUUCCACAACCAAUCCAUGAAGGAGUAAAAGUUCUUUCCAAGCAUGUAUAUGUAUCGCUGUCUGAAGUACAAAUUAGACAAGAGGAAGAGAUCACAAGGAACCCAAUGUCUCGACCUGAAACAGACAUUCCACAGACACCUGCAGAAAUACUAUACCAAGCAAUGCUACCAACCCUUCCACAGUGCAUGAUAGCUUUGUUGAAGAUUUUGCUAGCUGCAGCACCAACUUCAAAAGCCAAAACAGACUCAAUAAAUAUCAUGGCUGAUGUGUUGCCAGAGGAAAUGCCAAUGACAGUUGUUCAAAGUAUGAAGCUUGGUGUGGAUGUAAAUAGGCAUAAGGAAGUGUUGGUGAAGGCAGUGUCUGCAACGCUACUGCUGCUCCUUAAGCACUUCAGGAUAAAUCACACGUAUCAGUUUGAGUUCAUGUCACAACACCUUGUCUUUGCCAACUGCAUCCCACUCAUCUUAAAGUUCUUCAACCAAAACAUUAUGGCAUAUGUACAGGCCAAGAAUACGAUAGCACUCCUGGACUUCCCAGCUUGUGUAAUAGGAGACCCCCCAGAAAUGACAGCUGAGGCCCUGGAAGCAGGAACAGGUAGCCCUAGAGGGGGAAGCCUUAGCCCAGGUGGCAGUGGAGGAAGCCCCAGUGGGGGUGAGGGUAACAUACAGGUAGUUUCUGGGACAUGCUGCUGGAGGAACAUGUUUUCCUGUAUCAACUUGCUGAGAAUCCUCAACAAGCUAUGCAAAUGGAAGCACUCUAGAAUAAUGAUGCUUGUUGUGUUUAAAUCAGCACCAAUACUGAAACGCACCCUGAAGGUGAAACAUGCUAUGAUGCAGUUGUAUGUAUUAAAACUAUUAAAAAUGCAAACAAAAUAUCUGGGUCGACAGUGGCGUAAAACCAACAUGAAGACCAUGAGUGCCAUCUAUCAAAAGGUGAGACACAGAUUGAAUGAUGACUGGGCUUAUGGCAAUGAUCCUGAUGCAAGACCAUGGGAUUUCCAAGCAGAAGAAUGUGCUCUAAGAGCAUGUGUUGAUAGAUUCAAUUCACGAAGAUAUAAUAAUACAAUACAAGAUCCAGAUUUUGAACCACUAGACAAUUGUGUUACUAGUGUACUUGGCCGCCCAGUAGAACUAACUGAAGAAUUCAAGAGGCAUUAUGAAGUCUGGCUACAGCAAGAAGUAUUUUCAGCUUCAAUAGAUUGGGACCAGCUGCUAGCACCCAGCACCUAAGAGCAAAAUAAUAUUUUAUGAUAAUAUGAAAAAGAACACACAAUAUUAUUUCCUAGGUACAUACUUGUAUUGAGUUAAUUCAUUGGAUGUUAAUCAAAGAUAGAUCAUAACAGUAUAAUCUCAAGAUUAUCUAGUGUUCAGUCUAAAAUUAAUUGUGAUAAAAGUCAGUGUGAAUGUCAAACAUUUUUUUUAUAAUUUAUUAUUGAUAAAAAACAACAACUUUUGUUUGGUUGCUUGAUGAAAGUUUGAGAAUAUUCUGAUCGUUACCCUUUUGUACUCCCUUUCUGGUACAAACUCAAUUGUAGGAGGUGUUAUAUUAAUCCAUUAUCCUGAAUGACCUUCUGUUUUGUUCUUAUAGUUAGGAAUCCCUAUUUAAUUCUAGUCGAUGAACAAGCUGCUCAUUUGAGUCUGUGACCAAAACCCCAGUGUUGAUGUUUGGAUGAGAGUUUGUUACCAAUUAUAGGUAUUAGAAAAUUGUAUUAGGAGUAGAUUAGGAUGUAAGGAGAUGUAAAUUUGGCAUCUUUUUAGCUGUAUUCUUUUAUUUUACUUACAAUAUGAGUGGGAGACAAUGUUGGGUACCCUAUAAAAAGCUUUUAUAACCUCUGUUAUAAAGGAUGGGCUCUAAGUUUCUGUUAAUGGUAAACUAUCUAUUAAAUGUAAUUAAUUUAUCUCAUUUAUGUUAAUACUAGAUAAUGAAAUAUUGAAAUGAGCUUAUUUUAUUAAAGAAAAUAUACCGUGUAGAAGCAACAGAAAUAGUGCAGAUGCAUAUUAUUAAAUGUUGACUUAGAAAAAUUCUUAACCCAAUGCUUCUGUGACAGCACAUUUUUCAUGCUAUAUAUAUAUACUGCUAAAGCCAUAGUUUUGGUAUAUGAAAUAAUGAGGCCUUAAUGCUGUUCUUCACCUGAAAUUUGUGUUAUAGCAUCCUACCACCAUGGUGCCAAGUCCACAUUAUUGAACUGUGAUUGGACUUAUAUAAUGGUGGCACAAUAUGUAUUCACAGUAAGAUGGACAUUGUGAACAUGGCAUGCCAUACCUAUUAUCUUGAGGCAAAGGGUUAAGAUAUGCUACAAGUGCAGAGUGCUGAAAUUUGUUGUUGGACUCUUGCAAGGCAUUCAUUAUGUUGGAAGUUGAUCUUGUUUAAUGAAGUGAUGCCAAGAAAAUGUAGUGUUCACUGUAGUGUUAUUUUGUGAAAUGUCUGUACACAGAUGGCUCCAGAAGUGCUCAGCCACCAGGGAGUUGAUUAGUAGACCUCAUGACCUCAAACUGUUUUCACCUUUCCUUGAGUUUUCUGGAAAAAAUUGUAUAAUUAUUUCAUAGAGCUAUUAGUAUAAAUGAUGAUAUUAUUAUUUUAGAUAUCAUGAUUAUGAUGUUAUUAACAUUACUAAUAAAAAUAUGAGAUUAAAAAGUAUUUCCAAAAAUCAAGGAAAAGGAUAAACAGAUGAGAUAGGUACUACUAAUAAUUGAUUUGUUAUGUACUUGUGGAGCUAGUUAGUAGUGUAAAGACAGUUAAUAAACUAAACUAACAGUUAGCAAAGCAUAUUCGUACAUGGCAGCAGUAUGUUAAUUACCAGACCUAGAUUUGAUUUUGUUUCAAGAGAUAUUGGAAUGCAUAAUGAACAUUUUGUCAAAUGUUAAAGUCUUAGGUCUUCUUUAUUCUUACCUCUAAAUAUAAUAAAAAUGUUCUGCAAUAAA